AUACCGGAAGUAGAAUCAUGCGUUACAAUGUGUUACAUCUAUUUUCUUCCGUGUCAGCUCCCCGGAGAAAGAGGGUUCUAUCUCGACAUGUCGUUAAAACGCUAAACUAUCGUAUUUAGAUAUACUUUAAAAUAUGACGGAAAUUCUGAUCAAACUAUAUUUUCCGUAUUGUUUAUUGUUUUUGUCGUUUCAUUCUGAAUUGUUGAGGUUUUCGUCCGUGACCGCACAAGGUAGGUAAACAGCUGAUGAAGAGCGAGUAUGUCAGCAUAUUUACUGUGUUUUUAACUUAAAAUGGUUAUUUCUACUAUUGUUUAAUAAUAUACCGUCUAAGCACAUGAGCCUCGUUUUCUGCUUGAAAUACUAUGGGCUGUUGUGAAGCAACAGAGACGUAUUUAUUUAACAUUUAGUCAGAGUCAAUAGAUUAUAUUGAUUGACUUGAUGUAGGCUUAUAGUUUGGAUGUCAGUCAUACAGUUGGUGUUAAUCAGAAAACUGAUGAACACGCAAAGAAAAUGGCGUUUAAGAAAUUUGAGGACUCUUGAUAUUACUGUACAGGACCUAACUGUACAUUUACCCUUUGUGGAGGAAGGAUGGGUGGCAUGUGUCUAAUCUAUGACUUCAUCUAAAUGUUAGUCUUCCUUAGAAAAACACGGAAGUCCCAUUUCAGCUCAUUUCACCUUUUCUCUUAAUUCAUUGAUUUAAAAUGAGGGUAGAUGUCAGAGCUGAGCUGUAAAAGUCUGAAAUGUGGUUCUGCUUUUCAGUGUGCACACCUAUAGAUAGAUAGAUAGAUAAAAAAAUAAAGUGAUUAGAGGAAAGGUAAGAAUAAAUAUAAAGUGUAGUCAUGUGUAAAGUGACUGAUAAAAACUGAGGUAGAUUGUGCUCUGAGAUUACCUAUCAUUAUGAUCAUGACUGUUGGUUACCAAUCAGUAUUAAUCAAAGAAAGAGGCUGCAGUUAAAAAGAGGAAGAAAAAACUGCUCAAAUCUCAUCUUUAUUAGAAAAGACAAUUCAAGUGAGGUAUGACAGGUGUGUCAUUUAUCCUGAGCUCAUUUCAUUAAUAGGGGAGAGUGGGGUAAGUUGAGCCACCCCUUGUUUCUUGGAAAUGGUAAAAUAAGUUAAUUAUGUGGCCAAAUAUUUAGGAGAUGACGGCUCAACUUAAUCCGCUCCUAUGGUCAACUUACCCCAUACACAGGGUAAGUUGACCAUAGGAGACCACUUUUAUUUUGGCGUGCUAUAUUAUCAAGACAGUUCUGUUUUCACUCAUUCUGUUGGUUUGCAGGGUUAUCCAACAUCCUGAAAUAUCUGCAAAUACACGAGUUAGAGACAAAACUAUGAUUGACUUGAUGUAGUGAUCCGAAAUAUGAAAAAUGGCUCAUCUUAGCCCACUCUCCCCUACCUUUUGUCUUUCAGAUUAUGGCGAGUCGCUGGAGCGCACCCUGUCAGAUGAUGGAGUGUCUGAUUUGGAGAACAGCCCCAAGUUUGUUGAGUCAGAGGACCUGGACUCUUUGCCGAAGAGGCAGUUCAAGACAGCUGAGAUUGCAGAUGCUGUAAUGGGGACCGAAGCUCCGAUCGAUCCAGCUGACAUCGAGUCCCUCUUCCCCAAAAAUGUGAAAGACUUUCAGUCGGGUUUCUCCCCACCUUGUGAUGAGAACAGUGCACAGUGUGCAUCGCCUGCUCUGGCUGCUAACGGAGCGUCACAGGAGGAGGAGAAUGCUGAAUCGGCACAGCAGGUCACUCACUGAAACAUGAACCUCAGUUUUUGUCGUUAAAGGGAUAUUCUGGCGUAAAAUUAAUUUAGGUUCAAACACACCGUAACACCGAGUUAGACACCUCCUCAAGAGAUGAAUGUUGCCGACCGCUUGCUUCUCUAGUUAUACCAACUUUAAUAGCAAUACAGGGAGCCACGCGCUUAACCAAAACGCCACUUUAUAGCCACAAAUAAUGCUCAGAACAAGCACCUAACUUCAUCAACAGUACAUAAAGGGUCCCAGCCAUAGUACUAGCCAUCAAACAUCUUUUUAACUUUGUCUAAUUUCUUUAACAAAGAGACUAAACACAACUCACCUACUCUCUUCCAGAAGCCACUUGUUUGUAGUGAGACCUCAGGCCAGUCCAUUACGGACUACGGCGGGGUGCCACAGCUCAAGGAAGAACAUUUAUGAUCAUUACUUUAUCAUUUUCUUGAAGUGAUAAUCAUCAUAUUGAUCAUUUUGCUCUGCAGACGCAGUAGUUCUUCUGCCUUAGCGUCUCGGUCUUAUUGCAUUUCCAUGAAGACUCCAUAUGUCCUGUUGAUGAAGUUAGGUGCUGUUCUGAGCAUUAUUUGUGGCGUUUUGGUUGAGGUUUGUUUAUGGCUCCUCAGACCGCUGUGUAUUGCUCUCGUGCGGUCAUUACUAAAGUUGGUAUAACUAGAGAAGCAAGCGGUUGGCAAUAUUCAUCUCUUGACGGGAUGUCUUGCUCGGUGUUGCAGUGUGUUUGACCCUAACUUAAUUUUACGUCAGAAUUUAACACCCGCCUGGAGAUGAAUAAUCACUAUCAGAAGCAGGACAGGGUAGUCGGGUUUGUAAAUAACUGAGACACAAGAUCAACAGUGAAGGUUAUUGAUGAUAAAAUUGUUGGUGAAUAAUUAAAAAAUGUUAUUUUGAGUGCUGUUGGCUGGUAAUUUUUUCAAAGGAAGAUUUAGUGAGAAAUAAAUAUUAGAUAAUCACAAAACAGUAUGAUUUUACUUUUCCAAAAUGCAAGUAUUCUGAAUGUUUCAAACGUUUGUAACAGGUCGUUGGAACCAUAAUGGCCAUUUUUAACUCAUAAUACAAACCCUCAAUCAGUUCAUUACAAAGAUAUUCCUCUGUCAUUGACAGUAGUUUCACGUGAUUUUAGGUUUUCAAAGUGUUCGGAGUCGGUAAGUCUGGCUUUGUGACAGCUGACCUCAUUCUGGAUGUUUGUCUCCAGGUCACUCUCGACAUGGUGCACGCAGAAAUCACGCCGACUGAGGAGCAGAACACGACCGAGGCCGCCAAGACGUACAAGGUGAACUGUGAUAAGAGGAACAUCACAGGGAUGGACGCAUUCUCCGUGCAGGUCCUGAACGCUUCACAGGUAAUCCUGCUGUCUUCUGUUAGGAACCGUCCUGAGUGCUUCUGCUUUGAUUUAUCUUGAACCUUGGAGAAACUCAUGAUGGGUUUCAUUCAGCAGACCUGAGGCUGAGGUUAUGUAAAGGUUAAGAUGAACAAAUAAAGCAAAUCUGUAAAAAGACAAUGGAGACGAAUUCUUCACUUCUUCUUUAGAUUUUUACAUCUGUGUGUUAAGAACCAAUUUAGAGCUUAUAGGACCAGUUUCAGGUUUUCUGCAGUCCUCUUUGAUACCCACCGUGAACAUGAUCCCUCUACUUUAGUUCCUUUGAUAAACUGACCCCACCCCUCAGUCCGGUUCUCUCUUCUUCUUCUGUUCAGGAUCUGAUGGAGUUCCUGAAUGUUAACAGCACAGAGUGCUCGGUGGUGUUGUUCUUCACAGCUUGGUGCCAGUUUUCAGCUAACCUGGCGCCUCACUUUAAUGCCCUGCCCCGCGUCUUUCCCAGCAUGCACUUCCUGGCACUGGAUGCCUCACAGCACAGCAGGUAAUGGUCCAUGUUGUAUUGUGUUUGAUCAUGUUUAUCAAGAGGUGCUGAUUUUCUGUCUCUUCCCUUGUGAAGUUGAGAAAAAUUUAAAUAUGUUGCUGUUAGAAAUAAAAACCUUCUUUAUCAUCAUCAUUCAUGAUCCUGUUUUUGUGUCUGACAUCCACUAGCCUGUCCACACGGUUUGGGACGGUGGCAGUACCCAACAUCCUGCUGUUCCAAGGGGCCAAACCCAUGGCUCGGUUCAACCACACCGACAGGACACUGGAGACACUCACCUCCUUCAUCUCCAACCAGACAGGUACGAACGAAGAAGAGGCUUUUGUAGUUCAGGAUGGCUCCUUUAAGGCCGGGUAGGCAGGAUCUGAGGAAGUUCCAGUUUUUAGGAGAAAUCUUGAAUGUAAACUCUACCCCUCCCAACCAGUUUUCCCCUCAGCUCCUCCUCUCCAAUCCCCGCCCACAAACAGAUGCUCCUGCUCGCUCUUAUUGUUCCAAUUAAAUUCAGAUAUAAUGCAGAUAAAUACAGAUAAUUACAAAUGGGGCCCAGUCAACAUGAAAGUCAAACGCAUUGGUGCUACUGUAGAUGCCAACAGACUACCAGCAAACACAAUGUUUGCAGACUUCUACAACUAGGAUAAAGUGACAUAGUCCAGGACCCGAGGUCAACAGUUUAGCGGCGCUACAACAAGCUACAGCAGGUCCGUUUGACAAGAAACACUUCUGUUACAGACACUUGGCUUACUUUGUUAAAGCGGUUUACCUGUCCAGCAGAAAGGUUACAGGGUCACCAAGAUCCCCAAGCGUCCCCCAUCGUUUAUGUUGACCCGGCUUCUUAGCUCUUGUCCAGUCUAACUCCGUUUUAAGCGCCCGUUAUUCCGCCAGAGUCUCCGGUAUUUUUACUUCAUUUUGUUGCUUGUGUUUUCGGUAAUUUCUGGUUGGUUUCUACUGUCCGAUAUUGUAGCACGCUAACUUUGUCUGGGCUCUUGAAUGACACCGAGGAGCAGCGUGUGCCUCACAACCAAUCAGGUUGGGGGAGGCGGAGAAUGGCUUUGUUUACAGGCAGAAAGAGCGGCCCGCUGAAAAAAUUCAAAUGUUGACUACACAAACAUAACAAAACACGGCGAUAUCAUUAUAUUCACAAAUGUCAUCAAUAACUAAUAACUAUUGACUGAUAUUAAAAGCUUUUUUGUAUAAACACCACAAAAAAAGAUGCUUCUUUAACGGAUUCCUGCCUACCCCCUAAAAAGAGUAACUAUUUAUAACACAUUUUUAAUUAGGAGGGUGGAAGAACAAAUCAAAACAAACUUCACAGUACCUUCAUCAGAAAACCAAAACCAACAUUUUCAGUAAUAAAACUAAACUUUGUACUUUAACACUGCUCCACAUCUUGCUGUAAUUUCUUCUCAGGGUUUGAAGCCGGCCCCAACAAAAACCUGCUGGAUGCAGACCGCCUCGGCCCCCUGCCCAGCGUCCCGGUGAAGAGCAUCGACUGGCUGCUGGUCUUCUCUGUCCUCUUCAUCACAGGAUUCACCCUGUACGCCAUCCUACGCACUGACAGCAUCCGCUGGCUCAUACCGGGACAGGAGCACGAGCAUCAGGAGUGAAAACACUCAUGGACUUGUGGUUUUUAGAUGUAUUGAUUCCAUUAAAACUAACAUUUGAUUAUUUUCUUUUGCUUCUGGUGUUUUAUGAAACAAAUGCAAAUAAGUUAUGUUUACCCGUGUGAUUUAAAAUAAAAUAAAAAAAACAAUGGUUUCUGUUAAUGUGUCAUGAAAUGUUAUUUUCUGUUUCUGUUUCAAUUUUAAUCAUAACACUGAGUCUUAAAGGGAUAUUCCGGCGUAAAAUUAAUUUAGGGUCAAACACACCAUAACACCAAGUUAGACACCCCCUCCAGAGAUGAAUGUUGCCGACAGCUUGCUUCUCUAGUUAUACCAACUUUAGUAACGAUCGCACGAUAGCAAUACAGAGAGCCACGCACUCAACCAAAACGCCACUCUAUAGCCACAAAUAAUGCUCAGAACAGCACCUAACUACAUGAUAGUACUAGCCACCAAACAUCUUUUUAAUUUUGCCUUAUUUCUUUAGGAAAGAGACUAAACAAAACUCACCUAGGCUGUGUCCGAAAUGAAUUCCUAACCCCUAACCCCCAAAUAGGGUUUCACUAUAUAGCUGACUGUGAGCUCAAUCGCCGGAGGUUUCCGACACUACAUGGCGCACUGUUGUGACGUCACUGCUCGGACUGCAGCGUCUGAAGUUGCGGCUCUUGUUUUCACAUCUCUUGAAUUUUAUGAUUUUGUACAGAUGUAUUUGUUUUUCCAGGAUGUUUGUGAAAUAAAAAAAUAAUAAUACAAAAA